AUGGUGGCCGGGACCCGCUGUCUUCUAGCGUUGCUGCUUCCCCAGGUCCUCCUGGGCGGCGCGGCCAGCCUCAUCCCCGAGCUGGGCCGGAGGAAGUUCGCGGCGUCGGCCGGCCGCUCCUCGUCCCAGCCGCCCUCGGACGACGUCCUGAGCGAGUUCGAGCUGCGGCUGCUCAGCAUGUUCGGCCUGAAGCAGAGACCCACCCCCAGCAGGGACGCCGUGGUGCCCCCCUACAUGCUGGACCUGUACCGCCGGCACUCGGGCCAGCCGGGCGCGCCCGCCCCGGACCACCGGCUGGAGAGGGCAGCCAGCCUCGCCAACACCGUGCGCAGCUUCCAUCACGAAGAAUCUUUGGAAGAACUUCCUGAAACAAGUGGGAAAACCACCCGGCGAUUCUUCUUCAACUUAACUUCCAUUCCCACCGAGGAGUUUAUCACCUCCGCCGAACUCCAGGUUUUCCGGGAACAGAUGCAGGAAACGUUGGAAAACAACAGCAGUUCCCACCACCGAAUAAAUAUUUAUGAAAUCAUAAAGCCCGCAGCAGGCGACUCGGAGCUCCCGGUGACCAGACUGUUGGACACCAGGCUGGUUAAUCAGAACGCCAGCCGGUGGGAGAGUUUUGACGUCACCCCCGCCGUGAUGAGGUGGACCGCACAGGGACUGGCCAACCACGGGUUCGUGGUGGAGGUGGCCCACUUAGAGGAGAAGCCGGGCGCCUCCAGGAGGCACGUCAGGAUUAGCAGGUCUUUGCACCAAGACGAGCACAGCUGGUCCCAGAUCAGACCCUUGCUGGUGACUUUUGGCCACGAUGGGAAGGGACAUCCUCUGCACAAGAGGGAGAAGCGUCAGGCGAAACACAAGCAGCGCAAACGCCUCAAGUCCAGCUGCAAGCGGCACCCUUUGUACGUGGACUUCAGCGACGUGGGGUGGAAUGACUGGAUCGUGGCCCCCCCGGGGUACCACGCCUUUUACUGCCACGGGGAGUGCCCCUUCCCCCUGGCUGAUCACCUGAACUCUACGAACCACGCCAUUGUGCAGACGUUGGUCAACUCCGUGAACUCUAAGAUUCCCAAGGCGUGCUGUGUCCCCACGGAACUGAGUGCUAUCUCCAUGCUGUACCUUGACGAAAAUGAAAAGGUCGUAUUAAAGAACUACCAGGACAUGGUUGUGGAGGGUUGCGGGUGUCGUUAG